GAACAACCUUUGCCUUUAAAACAGGACUUUCUGGAGUGCAUGUCAACACUGUUGCUCAAUCUGCUAUCUCAGCACAGACGUGACUGCUGCACAGAAGACGCAGCUGCGAGCCUGUACUCAUGGAGACCUCUACUGCGUUGCUUUUAGUAUUGUUGCUCAUCAUCUCUCUGUGUUGGCUGUUGACGCUGAGAAGCGAUAAGAAGCAUUGUUUUCCCCCAGGACCCCGGGGUCUGCCUUUACUAGGAAAUGUGCACCAAGUGGACAAAAAAGCACCGUACUUAACACUUCGGAAGUUCAGUGAACAGUAUGGUCCAGUGAUGACGUUGUUCCUGGGGCUGAAGCGCGCUGUGGUUCUUACGGGAUAUGACACCGUGAAAGAGGCGCUGGUGGACCAGGCUGAUGACUUUGUCGGCAGACAACCUUUUCCGUUACUGGUCAGAGCCACCAAAGGAUAUGGGAUGGCGAUCAGUAAUGGAUCACGCUGGCAACAGUUGCGACGAUUUACACUGACAACUCUAAGAGACUUCGGAAUGGGACGCAAAAAGAUGGAGGCCUGGGUCCAGGAAGAGAGCAAACACCUGGUCGCCGGUAUGGCCGAACACAAAGGUGUGCCGUUUGAUCCAGUUUUCUUUUUUAGUUGCUCCGUGUCCAACGUCAUCGGCUGCCUUGUGUUCGGUGAACGGUGCAACUACGACGAUAAAGACUUCCUUUACAUCCUGAAGUCGGUGGGAGACUUCCUAAGAUUUGCCAGCAGUCCCUUGGGUCAGCUUUAUAACAUCUUCCCUCGGCUGAUGGAGAACAUCCCAGGCCCACAACACGCCAUUUUUGCCAGGAUUGAAGAAUUGAGAAAAUUCAUUAUUUCAAGGAUCCAGAAACACGUGGAAACUCUGGACCCGAGUUCACCCAGAGAUUAUAUCGACUGCUUCCUCAUCAAACUCAAUCAGGAAAAGGAUGAUCCUGCAACUGAGUUCCACUACGACAACCUGGUAGGAACAGUUGUGAAUUUGUUCUUUGCUGGAACAGAAACCACCAGCUCAACCAUCAGAUACGCUCUGAAUGUGCUGAUGAAAUACCCCAAAGUACAGGAGCAAAUGCAUCAGGAGAUAGACUCUGUGAUUGGACGGGAGCGAUGUCCUCGUAUGGAGGACAGGAAGUCCCUCCCUUUCACUGAUGCUGUAAUCCAUGAAGUUCAGCGUUUCAUGGACCUCGUCCCCUUCAGUAUUCCACACUACGCACUGAAAGACAUCACUUUCCGGGGAUACACAAUUCCCAAGGAUACAGUGAUUAUUCCCUUUUUGCACUCUGUGCUGAAAGAUGAGAAGCAGUGGACAACCCCCUGGUCCUUCAACCCCCAGCACUUCCUGGACCAAACAGGAAACUUCAAGAAGAACCCAGCAUUUCUGCCCUUUUCUGCUGGAAAAAGAGCUUGUGUGGGCGAGUCUCUGGCUCGCAUGGAGCUCUUCCUUUUCCUCGUGUCACUUUUGCAGCACUUCACCUUUUCUGUGCCUGGAGGUCCUGACAGCGUGGACCUCAGCCCUGAGUUCAGUGGCAUUGGCAACUUGCCUCACCACUACAAAAUCAUUGCCACACCACGGAACUAAGGAUUCGGGCUCUCUGCUUUACCCAAGUGUAUAACCUGAAAGUAAUUGACCCGUGUUGCUGUGUAAGUUCAUUUUAACUUCUCUGUAAAAGGCGUUCUGCUACGACAGGAGUCCCUAAAUAAUAGGCCAGGGAUUGGUAUGUUGGUGUGCAUGGUGUUUUAUUUGAAAAAUGAUUACUUAUGUCAGCUCCUUUUUUCAUGCACCACAAAGCCUUCAAACUGACUUCAGUGAAAAUGAGUAAAAACAAACGUUGCUCUUUACAAGAGGGAGGGGCUGAAUGAUGAGACAGAAGAACAAAAACUGCCACUAAAAAGAAAGCUGCAUUUAUUAGAAAAGAGCCAAAGUCCUGAAAUAUGAACGUACAUUAUAAAUGUGAUAAUUAACUCCAAAGUUCUUCAGAGUGAGCCAUCAGGCAGCAGUGGGUGGAAACAGACUCCGUGACUCUGUGUCAGAAUCACAGUUGACAGUGACGCCAAGACAAGACAAAGUUAACACCAGUGUGGUCACAGGGUGAAGCACAGGUGUUUCUGAGACUUGAUCCACACACUGUGAGCCAUGGACACGCAUUAAUCAAAGAUGAGCCACGUCAUGUGACAGAUGUCAUGUACACGUACGUGUAAGGUUAUGUUGGUCAAUAUUCAUUCAUUAACAUUUUUAAAAAAGCUAGAAUUGGACCAAAAGAAAAGGGUGAAAAAACAGUAUUAGUAUAAAUUGUUUUCUGUCUUGUUAUAUAUGUUGAAAUAUUCAGAAAUAUUGUAUUAUUGUUUAUGUUUCAGUGUUGAGAAAUACUAUGUGAUACAGUUUCAUGAGCUAAAAUUAAAUUAAAGAAGAAGAAAAUUACAUCAAGCUGUUUAUUAACUAAACUGUUAACCUCAUGCUAAGGUGAAAGUUUUGCACGUAAUAAGACGCUGUUUUUUUCUGUUUUACAUCUUUUAUCUUGACUCAAGUGGAAAUACUAACUUUACUGCACAAUAAAAUGCAAAGGCAAUCAUCUUUUACUUA